UGUCUUCCUCAGAAUCCGCUGACGGCCAGUCACCCUGUCAUCCUCACCACCAUGAGCCCCAAAAACGUUGUGUUCAAGAAGGUGUCCAGGGACAAGUCGGUCGCCGUGUACAUGGGGAAACGAGACUUCGUGGACCGCGUUGACUCUGUGGAUCCUGUGGAUGGAGUCAUCGUGAUUGAUCCGGAGGCCCUGCAGGGCAGAAAAGCCUUCGUCACGCUGAGCUGCACCUUCCGCUACGGCAGAGACGACAUGGACGUGAUGGGCAUCGCCUUCCGCAGGGAGCUGUACCUGUCCACCCGCCAGGUCUACCCGCCCCUGCAGGACCGAGACAAGGGCGUCCACACCAAGAGCCAGGCCCGGCUGCUCCGCAAGCUGGGGACCAACGCCUACCCCUUCUUCUUCGAGUUCCCAGAUAACCUGCCUUGCUCGGUGGCCCUGCAGCCAGCCCCCCACGAUGUUGGCAAGCAAUGCGCCGUGGAGUUUGAAAUCAAGGCCUUCAGCGCCGAGAGCCAGGACGCCAAGGUCCGCAAGAGGAGCACGGUGAAGCUGCUGCUCAGGAAGGUGCAGUACGGUCCAGAGAGCGAGGGAACGGCGCCCUGUGUGGAAACCACGCGAGACUUCGUCAUGUCCGACAAGCCGCUGCACGUCAAGGCCAGUCUGGACAAAGAGGUGUAUUAUCACGGAGAAACCAUCAAAGUUCACGUCAACGUCACCAACAACUCCAGCAAAAACAUCAAGAACAUCCUCCUCUCCGUGGACCAGGUGGCCACGGUGGUGUUGUACUCCAACGACAGCUACGUCAAAUGUGUGGACAUCGAGGAUUCUGGGGACUCGGUCUCUGCUGGAGCCACCCUGCAGAAGGUCUACUCCAUGCUGCCCCUGCUGGCCAACAACCGGGAGAGGAGGGGCAUCGCUCUGGACGGGAAGCUGAAGCACGAGGACACCAACCUGGCCUCGUCCAGCAUCGUCAAAGAGGGCGUGCUGAAGGAGGUCAUGGGAAUCAUGGUCUCUUACCGGGUGAUGGUGAAGCUCAUCGUCGGAGGCAUGAUGGGGUCAAGUGAGGUUGGUCUGGAAGUUCCUUUCAAGCUGAUGCAUCCUAAACCUGAUGCAGUGAAGGAGAGCGAGCUGGAAGAGGAGAUGGUGUUCCAGGAAUUCAAGCGCUCCUACCUGAAGGGGAUCAUCGCCGACGACGAGGACGAGGACGGGAACGUGUCGGGAGGCGACGACAUGGCGCCCAAAGAAAAAUGA